AUGGCGAGCGUGUUGUUGUUCCUUGCCGUCACGGCUGGGACAGUUCUCACAUGUUGCAACGCGCUUGUCUGCUCGAACUUGACGUUGAUCUCCUCGCAAGACCAGAGGGUUGUGGUUCAGUUCCAGAAGACCUCGGAGGAGGUUUUCAUCCUCCAGACUCUACCAGAGAUGGGGGACUUAUACGAGCAAGUGUACAUGCAGAGUAAGGGUUUGCUACAAGGCACCAAGGUUGCUUCCGUGCCUUACACAGUGAAUGCGUAUAACGCCCUCUACUACCGCCCAUACCCGAAGCAGGCUUCUGCGGAUGGGCCGCUAUCAACCUUCUACUACAGGUCCUUUAUUCUUCCUUCAAGCGGGCCUGCUCAAGUUUCAGACCCUUGCUGGGUGAAGGUAGUGGUCCAGGCAAGCAACAACUUGCCCUUCAGCGGUGGCGCCGGCCAAUGUCUGAAGUUUGACGGCGCCGACGACCAUGUUUAUACUCCGAUACAAGACUUCCCUGAGUCAGCCAUAACAGUGAGCAUGUGGAUCAAGACGCUGGGAGCCCGCAAGGAGGGGGAGGUGCCGCUCUCUUUCAUAUCCUUCGCGGGCAUUGAGUUUGAGAUCCGCGAUCUGAAUGAUGUGCGGGUUGUGCGCGGGAACAACGUGACGCAGGGAGCAGGCUUCAGCGUGAAUGACGGUAAAUGGCAUCAGCUCGGGGUCACGUGGAACAUCAGCGGGACUGUCCAGCUGUUCAUCGAUGGCAGGUUAGUACACAGGACGACGUUGCCAGUUGGCCCUCCAAUCGCCUUUUCUGGCGACCUCAUCCUUGGACAGAGCGGGUCGGUGAACUACACAAGCGCCAGGCAGCUCUGGAGGGCAAGCGCACAGUCCGCGUCCACCUUCUCCGCCUACUCGAGCAGCUAUGAGCAACUGCUCAUCGUCAACAGGAUGGAAGCGCUCGAGGAGAUCGUGACGUCCUCCGGCGAAUACCGGCAGCGACAACCGACGUUCCUCCAAGGAAUCCCCAAGGGAUGCAGCUGCAGAGGAGGCGCGUUCGAUCACACGAGAUCCUUCGAGGGACUGAUGGACGAACUCAGAAUCUAUAAGUCUGUGCGGUCAGAGAUCGAGAUGCAGCUUGACUCACACACGGUGCUGUCCUACCCCUCGAUCCUUUCAGUGAGCAACCUCAGCCUCUGGCUCUACUACACCAUGGACGACGUCGACCGCUGGUCUUCUCAGGUGCCGAACGACUUCAAUCGCAUCAUGACUAGUGCGCUCCUUGGGGGCGGCUCGCAGGCUGCCUCUCCCAUGCGAAUCCCCAGCGACGCUCCCCUGGUGGGAGCCAAGGUGGAGGACGUGGUUGUCCCUCUGGGGUCCUGGCAGCUCAUUGACCUGAAGAUGAUGGACUUCGAGACAAACAAGAGCAAGCUCUAUGCUCGAGUUGAGACCCUCCCUACCCUUGGCAACCUCUGGCAGAGUGACGACUCUGAGAACCCCUCCACCAUCAUCGACAGGGGGGAUGGCAGGACGAAGCCGCUCAUCCUCAGCCCAAAGAUGCAAGUGUGGUACGAGCCAGUGGACCUCGGGCAGCCCAACGUGAUGCGAUGGAACGACCAGGGAGAGCUCGUGAAGAUCGACACAAGAGCAGACACCUUCAUGAUCCGCAUCUCCGACGUUCAGUUCAUCCCUGAAGCUAUGAUCGACCCCGACAACCCUCCUCCUUGGAUCACUACACAGUAUGUUGUCCGCCCUAUGACACUCCCCAUCCCGGUCAACCAGAGCAUCUCCAUCCAGCAGGGCAUCGUUGCUCCCGUUCAGCUCUCCUGGAUCGACUACGAACGAAAGGACCUGGACUUCCUCUUCCUCUCCAUGCUCGAGUUCCCGAGCUACUUCCUCACCUGGGGCGCUUGUACGGAUCCUCUUGCGUGCUGCUCUUCCAACUGUGCCGCGACGAAUCUCUGCAUCAACUGCACCGACACCUGCAGGAGGCAGGAGCUCGAGGACGCUCUCAAGUACUCGUCCUCAGCGAACUGUUCUCUUGGCUCUGUUUCCACAAUACCCUCCCGCCUUGCCACGGCCAUCGGAGACACAGGCACCACCUGCGCGUCCCUUCCACUCAACUCGGAUGUGUUCUACUCCCUCCCCGGCCCGCCGGUCUGCUCCUUCAAGGGACCUCCACUCUCAGACGGACUGCAGGACGAGCUCUUCCUUGUCAAAGUCCAGUCGCAGGCCGCGUUCGUCCCCUUCACCUCCAACUUCUCCUUCAAGAUCGAGAGGCCGGGGAGGGCCAAGAGCUCCGACCAUUUCAACGUCUCUUCAUUCUCCCGCAGCGCCUUCGUCUCUGUGCAAGGGACCCCGAUCAAUCGAGCUCCCUUCCCGUCACAGCUGGGGAUGGAGCCGGGAGGCGGCGAGGACAGGACGAUGACCAUCUCUUACAGCUCCAGCGACCCCGACGGGGACGCGCUCUUCUUCCGCAUCAGCGCAUUUCCUCGUGGAGGGAAGGUUUUCAACCCCUCCAAGAGGAACAGCUCGAGGAUGGGAGGCCUGGUAGAGGAAGUGGCGGGGCUCGAGCGGUCGAUUCCCCUCACUCAGACCUACAUGCUAGGAACAGCAGCUGUUCCUCAAGGAGCAAGGGUGAUCAGGAGGAGGAACCGAGAUCCAACUCUGUCGUUGGAGGAGCAAUGCGGGACAUCAGGAGUGGAAGGGCUGGAGAUCAGGUUGCAGAGGGUCACCUACGUCUCUGAGCUCGAGCUUCAUGCUCUGCUUCCGCUCUCCUCUCCCAUCAGGCUCUUUGUGAGGAGCGAGGACGUGGACUGGGACGUCAUCCACGACCUUCGGCAUAAGGAUCGCACCUCUGUGCUGUACAGCAGAGGCUCCUCCUCGCCCCCUACUCGCUUCGACCUCACUGCUUCCCACGAGAGGCAGAGAGAGAUGGAGGAGACGUGGAGUGUCGUGCCCAACAGCAGCGAGUGGGUGCAAGUCUGGGUGGGGGUGGCAGAGGAGGUCAUGCAGCUUCCCGAAGUGUUCCGCAUCCUCCUCCCUCCACUCGAGCUGCCGGCUACCUCCCUGCGGCUCGUAACGUGCGGCGCGUGGUCGCUCAGUGCUGUCGGAGAGGUUCCAUCCUACCUCAGGGCCUCAUCGCAAGUCUUCGUCAGUGGCUUCCAUGGCAGCAUUCCGCAGCAGCUACGGGGAGGGAAGGUCUUUUAUGUACCGGAGGAGAACUUUCAGGGAGGGGAAGGCCUGUCGAUCAUUGUGUCUGACGGGCAGCUCGAUGCUGAGUCCUCCUCCUCCUCCUCCUUUCCAAUCCCACCUUACGUACGCCAGGUGAAGCUGCCAGACCUUGUGGUGGAUGUGGAGGAAGGAGGGAGGGUCUCUGUGGACCUUCGGGGACUGGCAGCACAGCUCAACAGUUCUUCUCUCCUCCUCCUCCAGAGCACCAGGGUUGGAGUCCUGACGGGCUCGGCUGGUGACCAGUUGACAGCCAACACACUUCUCCUUGAUCCCCAGCUCUUUUUUUUCUCCUCCUACGGCCUUGCCGCUGGCCCCAACGUCGACAGCUUCCGCUAUCGCUUCACCGACACGCAGCAAGAUCGCUUCCUCGACGGCCUCGUCCUCUUCAACGUCUUCUGCCAACCGGGCAGGAUGAUUCCCCUCGGAGGCAGCGUCUGCCGGGACUGUGAGAGAGGAACGUACCAGGUAGGAAGUGGCUUGCAAGCUGUAUGCGUUUCCUGCCCGCAAGGCACGUUUCAACCCUCAGCCAAGAGUGCAUCCUGCGCCCCCUGCCCUCCAGGAAUGUUCUCCUCUCGCCUCUCCUCCUCCUCCUGCUCUCCCUGCCCUCCUGGCACUUUCUCCGAUCAACCGGGAGCCUGGAGGUGUAAGGAGUGCGGGUAUGGGAGGAUGAUGCCAGUAGAUCGCGCGACGUCCUGCUUCUCUUGUGGGUCAGUCUCCUUUAACCAGGCACAGGGCAGAACCUCCUGCUCUUCCUGCCCCGUCAGGACCAAGACGAUGAGUCUCACCGCUGCAAAUGCAACUGAUUGUCAGUGUACCAUUGGAUCUUUCAACGUCGGAGGGUGUACAGGUCAGCCUUGCCUUCCCUGUCCUCGCGGGAUGUUCUGUGGAGGAGGAAGGAACGCUCCGCUAAGUCGCGCAGGCUUCUGGUCAGACACCAAGUUGUGGAUCAACGGAACAGCAGCAGACAUCACCGAGUGCAACUACAGGGCCUUGAGAGACAACUGCGCCGGUCUGGAACGAUACGCUGACUCAGACUUGGGCUACCGAACGUUGCCAGGGCUGAUGCAGGGAGGAGACUGCAGACUCGCUUCGAGGAACUACUCGCACGUGAUGAUGGACAACUCGCAGUGCAAGGAAGGAUACCAGGGAAGGUUCUGUACAGCCUGCGCCGAUGGAGCUUUUAGAAGUUUCGAUGAGAGCUGUGAAAUAUGCACGGGAGAGCCAGCGGCUCUCUUCUUCUUCGCCGUCAUUUUUGUCUUCACUGUCUUUGCUCAGCUUGUCAAACUUUUCAUCAAGAGACGAACUGAGCAUCUCCUGGUACUCGAAUGGGGACAGUGUUUCAACAUGCUCACCUACUUCGCUUGGCCGAUGCCUGCCGUCACCAAGUUCCUGGCGAGCUCGCUCUCCCUCUUCAAUCUCAACUUCAACUUCCUUCCGUGGGCAUGUUACGGCUUGCAGCUGUCCUCUGUCGCACAGAGGUGCUUGCUUGCUCCGCUGCCUCCUAUGCUCGUUACUCUCCUCCUCUUCUCCUUUGAGAUCCAACGUCGGUGGGUACUGCGCAAGCUGCAGCAGGGAGCAGAGCUGGAGGGCAUCUGGCCGAUCUCCUGGCACUCGAUCAUGCUCAUCAGCGCGUCCCGUGACGCGCGGGCCACGUACAAGGAAGGAGAGGAAGUGGAGGAGACAGCGAACGAAGGCGGAGCCCUUGGGAGCGAGAAGCCAGCAGGAUCGAAGGAACACGACAAGACAGGGACAGGGGGGCAGCGGAAGGACUUGAACGUCACAUACACCAAGUGGAGGAGCUCAGUCAGCGGGCAGCACCUCCGGCUUGGGCUCGUUCUCUACGACAUGCUGCUCGUCGUCUCGCUCGCCAACAGCCUGCAGCUCUUCAGGUGCCGAAAGCUCACGGACCAGCGCUCGAGCCUGGAGGCCAUCCCCGACGUGCAAUGUUGGACGCCGCAGCACGUAGGCCUGCUCGCCAUCGGCUCGCUCACAGCCCUGUGCCAUGCCGUCCUCUUCCCAUCCUUCAUCAUGCGCUCUCUCAGUUACUCCUUUCUCGAAGCUGAGCUCCAGGAUCCAGACGUCUUGCUGCGGUUCUCCGAUUUCUAUCUCGCGUAUGAGGACAAGUACUGGUGGUGGUACUUCACUGUCCUCCUCCGCCGCAUCGGCUACGUCUCGGCAGCGGUCUUUCUGACUAGCUACGGAUAUCUGCAGGUCACGGUCGCCCUCGUGAUCAGCGCAAUCUCCAUGUUUGCAUCCAACUAUUUCCGUCCCUUCAAGGACAACAGAUACAACAUCCUGGAGUCGUGCCUCCAUGCCGUCACCGCUCUCUGCAUUCUGACUUCUUCAGCGACUUCAAUGCAGAUGUCAACAGCUCGAUCAGUCGAUCACUCCCAACAAGGCCCCGUUCUCCUCGUCGUAGCGAGCUUGUCCUCUGCUGCCUUCAUAGCAGUGUCGUUUUCUCACAACAAUCAGCUGUUUGUCCUCCCUCAGGAGGUUUACUCACUCUCUAACAAGAUCAAGGAACUUGCGAUGAAACGGCUUGACCCCAGGUUUGCAGCUUCCCGCCUCUCGAUCCAACUGACUGCCUUCGGAAGAUUCAUCGCUGUCGUCAUCGUCAUGGUGCGAUGGAUUUCGAGACUGAGGCAGCGCGUGCAAGCCUCGGCUCUCUUCACGUACCAUGAGUUCCCUUUUGAAUCUGGCCACGUCGUCAUGGGCGAAGAAAUGCCGAGGGAGCGACGGGAAGCACUGGGAGCUGAAAACGGUGAGCAGCAGAUCAAAGGAGAGAAGGGGUUGAUGGGGGAUCAGCCUCAAUCACAGCCCCUUGAACACGAAUCGAGCAUCCCAACUGAGCAAGACCUCAAGCUCUUCAAGCCGAUUCGAUCGGCCUGGGAGACUGACGGCGAGCAGAAGUCUUCCUUCCAAGCACUCCGAGCAGAGGAGAAGGAUUUGCUCGCAGACAUCCUUCACCAUCGUGGCCUCCACAGUCUCCAUCCUCACGCGCAUCUGCUCGAGCGACGAGUGAAUGUCAAACUGAAGCAGCAGGUCGCGUCCUUGAACGACUCCUUCCACGACCUGUUUGCUCAGGCCUAUGACGCGUCUGGGAGGGUUGAGGUCACGCUGAACUAUCUCAACUCGCUCAAGAUGAAGAUCCUCAAUGCUCAAGUUGACAUCCGAGCUGAGCGGCAGAAGAACGAGUACAUGCGGCGUCGACUGGCGGUCGAGGACGAGUUGAUCCCCAAUGAGCCCAUACUUGCCAUGGAGCAAGAGAAUCUUGCGAUGAGAGCUGCGGCCAUGACAGCUGAAAAGGAGGCUUGCCAGAAAGAGAUUCAAAAGUUGGCAAAAGCCAUAGAGGAAGAGUUGGAAGAUUCAAGCUCGGACAGCGAUUGA